GUGGACAGAGCAGGGACGCGCAGACAACAACAACAGCAGCCAAGCGCAGCAUUUAACUAGGCAAUCUGUUCUAGGUGAUCCUGAAGUGAGAGGUGACUGCAUGCGCUGCAACUUCACCGCGCAGCUGAAAUAAAUCUUCAGUCGAUGGGGAUACUGGUUGCCGUCAAAUAAGCGUAUAUAUAAGGUCUACUGUGCUGCCUGCCUGCCUGCCUGCCUGCCUGCACAGGGCUUUUCUACAGGGUUCGUUGGGAGACUAACACCCCCCCUCCAUCAUCACACCGUGCGUCUCCGGCGUCUUGGCGCUCUGACCUGAUCAUCAGUGGAAGUGCUCCCGAGCUGCAGCAGCCCAACUGUGACAUCCCUCCACUGUUCAGAGUGUGCUCAGGCUGGCUGGCUGCUGCACAGGCACCAUGGAGCAAAAACCACCUAAGGAUGAGGGCACCGCGAAGGGACAGGAGUCUCUGUCCUACCAGCGGAGGAUGUGGAAGAAUUUCCAGGAGAAAACCAAGCCUUGGCUCAGUCCGAAACUGGGAUCGGAGCGCCGGGGCGCAGGGGGCGCGGAGGGCAGCAAGAAGGAAUCGGGGUUAUGGAUGUUUAAGAGGAAAAAGAAACAGCUGGACCGGGUAUUUUCGUCGUCUCAGCCGAAUCUCUGCUCCUCCACGUCGGCGCCUUUUGAGGGAGAUAAGAAGUCCCUUGGAGGCGACGCGGUCCCCGGCACCAGCGGCGGCGGCCAGCCUCUGCUCGGCGCAGCCUCUGGAGCCACGGGGAGCAAACCCGAGCUGACGGCGCACGGGAGCCCCAAACUCCCCGUGUCCCAGCUGAUCAUGUACCAGCAGAAGAGCUCCUCUCUCGGCUCGGCGUGCUUCGAGAAGCUGGUGGUGGACCCGGCCGCGGUGAUGUUGGGGGAGGAGGAGCAGCUGCGUAAAAACGCAAGCGAUUCUGGCAUCAACAUAGUGGGACCCAGUAAUGCAGAGCCCACGCCUCGACCUCCGAGUCCAGCCAUGUACCAGCUGGAUAUUGUCCUAAAGAAAGGGAACAACCUGGCCAUCCGAGAUAGGACAGGGACCAGUGACCCUUAUGUGAAGUUUAAGAUCGCAGGGAAGGAGGUGUUCAGGAGUAAGACCAUCCACAAGAACCUCAACCCGGUGUGGGACGAGAGAGUGAGCCUGCUGGUGGAAACCCUGAGAGAUCCACUAUAUGUCAAGGUUUUUGACUAUGACUUUGGAUUUCAGGAUGAUUUCAUGGGCUCAGCUUACCUCCACCUGGAGUCACUGGAACAUCAGAGGACACUGGAUGUGACACUGGACCUAAAGGACCCACAGUAUCCUGAAAAUAAUUUGGGCAGCCUGGACCUAGCUGUGACUGUGUCACCAAAGGAAGGGGACGUGAAGGACGCUACCAUGCUUUUGAGAAGGAACUGGAAACGAUCUAGUAAGUAUCAGAGUAUGCGUCUGUCAGAUGUGCACAGAAAAGCCCAGCUGUGGCGAGGCAUUGUCAGCAUCAGUCUGAUAGAGGGUCGCAGCCUGCAGCCCAUGGAUAACAACGGCCUCAGCGACCCUUACGUUAAAUUCAGGAUGGGACACCAGAAGUACAAGAGCAAGACCAUUCCCAAAACGCUGAACCCUCAGUGGAGAGAGCAGUUUGACUUCCACCUGUAUGAUGAGCAGGGAGGCUUUGUGGACAUCACGGUCUGGGACAAAGAUGCUGGCAAGAAGGAUGACUUCAUGGGAAGGUGUACCAUUGACCUGUCGCUCCUCAGUAAAGAACACACGCACAAGCUGGACCUGCCGCUGGAGGAAGGUGAAGGCGUGCUGGUGCUGCUGGUUACGCUCACCGCCUCCGCUGCCGUUUCCAUCUCGGACCUGUCAAUCAACAUGCUGGACGACCCGCACGAGAGACACCAGAUCAUGCAGAGAUACAACGUGUGGAGGUCCUUGCACAACCUGAAAGAUGUCGGCGUGGUGCAGGUGAAGGUCAUCAGGGCUGAGGGACUGAUGGCAGCAGAUGUCACAGGUAAGAGUGACCCAUUCUGUGUCGUGGAGCUGAGUAACGAUCGACUGCAGACGCACACCGUCUACAAAAACCUCAACCCUGAGUGGAACAAGGUCUUCACUUUUAAUGUGAAGGACAUCCACUCGGUCCUCGAGGUCACUGUUUACGACGAGGACCGAGACAGAAGCGCCGACUUCCUGGGGAAAGUGGCAAUUCCUUUACUAAAUAUCCAAAAUGGAGAACGCAAAGCCUACGCCUUGAAAAGCAAGGAGCUGACAGGGCCAACAAAAGGGGUCAUCUUCCUCGAAAUAGACGUGAUUUUUAAUGCUGUGAAGGCUGGUCUCAGGACGUUGAUUCCCAUUGAGCAGAAGUACAUCGAGGAGGAGCCCAGAGUGUCCAAACAGCUGUUGUUGCGCAACUUCAACAGAGUUAGGCGCUGCAUCAUGUUCCUGAUCAACACAGGCUGCUACAUCAACAGCUGCUUCGAAUGGGACUCUCCACAGAGGAGCAUCUGUGCUUUUGUGCUUUUUGUCAUCGUUGUUUGGAACUUUGAACUCUAUAUGAUUCCUCUGGCUUUGCUGCUGCCUUUGGCCUGGAACUAUAUCCUUAUCGCAUCGGGGAAGGAUACCAGGCAAGACGUGCAGGCAGUGGAGGACCUGCUGGAGGACGAGGACGAGGACUAUGACAAAGAUGACAAGGAUCCUAAACCAGGCCCCUGGGAGGACAGCCGUGAUAAAAACCAUAUCCUUGAGGAUAUGUUGGCUUCCUGGCACUUUGAGUGGAUACGGGCGAUGGUGGACUCGGAGAGAAAGGGCUUCAUGAACAAGCUUUAUGCCAUUCAGGACGUGUGCAUCAGCGUGCAGAAUGCACUGGAUGAAGUAGCCUCCUAUGGCGAGAGGAUAAAGAACACAUUUAACUGGACUGUGCCUUUCUUAAGCUGGCUGGCCAUUGUGGCUCUCGGACUGGCCACCACCAUCAUCUACUUCAUCCCUCUGAGAUACAUUGUGCUAGCCUGGGGGGUAAAUAAAUUCACCAAGAAGCUGCGAGACCCUUACACCAUUGAUAACAACGAGCUGCUAGACUUUCUGUCCCGAGUGCCCUCAGAUGUACAAGUGGUGCAGUACCGAGAGCUGAAACUGGAUCCCAAUCCCAGUCCAAAUAAAAGGAAGAAAAACAACCCCGGGUAGAUGACUGUGUCCGCCCACCGACUCUUCUCUUCUCCACUUUUCUUCUCGUGAUCUAUUACUGGACACCGAGGAGCAGAGGAAGACGGCUCUGGACCAGCUCGGCUCAGCUAUCCUUCCCUUUUUUUUCUUUUUUUUUUUUCCUCUCCUGUUUUCUUCUCUUAAACCUUGUUUUCUGUCUUUAAUUACUCAUGAUGUACUGUGCAGUUUCCUGAAGGUGUAAUUUUUGUAUGAAAAAUCUUUUCAGUUGUUAUGCUUUUGACUGAUUUUAAGGGCGAGCGGGAAGGAUGGACGGAAUGACCUUUUUCUAAGCCGUGUGAGCCACUCUCCUCCUUUUUUCUCUCCAUCACUCUGACGGCUCGGAGGACUCUGACCAUUUUGCUUGCCACAAGUGUCACACAACGAGUAAAAAAAUGAGUUUUAACAUUUAUACUCACCGUCCUGAAAAAGACAUUCUCCGUUGUCCGUGGUUAUCGAAAUUCAAGCCUUAUACUAACAAACUACUAUUACAUACUAUGGCUCUGCAAUAGACUUUUUUUUAAAGAUAUAGUUAUUAAAUGAUUUUGGUAAUAUGUUGAUAUUUUCUAAUUGUUUUUGUAUGAAAGAAUCUUUUGUUUUCUUCCCCUCUUGGAUGUGGUAACGAUGUUGUGCUCAAUGGCAGUAAUUUGGUUUGUCUCCAAUUAACUCAGCCGGCCAAGUUGAUUAGCAAUUAUGGUGGUAGCCUCCAGAUAUGUCCUUCCACACGAACACAAACCUGGACCAACAGGCUGAAGGCUUGUGGUGGUCUCUCUCUGUGCUUUAACACGACGGCCAAAUUGGCAUUUUAUGAAAUAUCUGACUCCAAAGCGGAAAAAACAACAAAAAUGAAAUCACGAUGGGCAGUGGUACGAGGGCAGCGAGUCUUAAAAUAGAUUGUGAUUACAUAAUUGUAAAAUAAAAAAAAAACCCAGAGGAAAAAAGAGCAACACUGCUUAGACAGAACCUUUCAGAUAAUUGAACUGUAGCCUCGUUUAACCUCUUUAAAACAUGUCAACAUCCCCAGUCAGUCGAUCAGAGAGACACCUCCUGUCCUGCGUGUGUCAGCAGGCGCAGCAGACCGGGCCUUCUGCUGUGCUGGUGCUGAUAUAGAUGUCACCCAGUCUAUGCAGAGUGUCGCCAGGCGGGCAGGCCUUGAGGCAGCCGCAGCCCUAAUCUUGUUUGAAAGGCUGGUCUCCUUUCCUCUCAUGCCCCCAUGCGUUUUUUGCCUCGACGGGCCACACACGAGAGCUUUUGCGCACACGUAAUACUCGCACGCAGACACACACACACACACACACACACACAAAAACAACCCAUCCUCUCACAUUGCUUUUUUAAAGCGUUCUCAUGUACACAUACUGUACCUACUUGCUUCACAGAUGAAAGCAUAACAUCCCAUUUGAGCAGGCACAUUCUCUCCCUCACAGGCGCACGCACACACACACACACACACACACACACACACACACACACACUCGCACAAACAUGCUCUCUGUGAUGCUGUGCCCCGGGCUGGCCGCCCUCUCCAUCUGCCCCACCUCCUGUGCCCACAGCUCAACUUUGAUCCGUCUUCCCAGAGACAGAGGCUUCAGUGCGAGAACUGUGUGUGCCGGAGUGUUUGCGUACACACGUUUAUACAAUCAAAGACAUGUUGCUUUUCUCAGCAUUGGUUACAUUUCUAUCUCCCCUCCAGCUGUAGACUGAUGCGUGGAUUCAGUCUAUGAGCCAGUGUGUGUGUGUAUGUGUGUCAGCAUGUUAAAGCAUGUGUGUGGCGCAGCAGAAGUGCCAGCUGUGGAGACUGCUGGUGUGGAAGGCCGUCAGCUAGAUGAGCAGCAAGCCGCCGUGUGACAAGACGAGGCUCUGCGGGGACUUGGGCCUGAGAUGUCAGGGGCCGAGGGAUAUGUGUGUGUGUGUGUGUGCUUGUGUGUGCGUGCAUUUUAGGCUAUUUCAGACCCCUCUUCCCAUCAUGCCUCUCUCCGUUUGCUCUCUCUGCGGUUCCCUCAUUCGUCAGUGAGCGGGGUUGCGACCCUGUCUGAAGGGACGGUCUCCUGGGCUUCUUGCUGAGCAUCUGUUGAAAGAUCACAGCUCAGGCUACAUUUGAGGAGGCCUCCUCUCAUCCCACUGAUCCCUGCCUCCAUCCUUUCCCCCCUUUGUCGGUCUUUCUGUCUGUCUGUCUGUCUUUAUCUCUCUAAACCCCUUCCUCGCCACAACCAGAGCUCUCCGCUGCCAUUUUGUCAUCCUCUCGCCCCUGCCUGUCUGCCCACCAUCGCCUCUACCCUCUCCUGCUCCCUCCCUGCUCACCCAUCCAUCUCCAUGCUUAAAUAUCAACAGGCCCGGAUCUGUCACUCCAGAGGGCCAUUGAUUUUGUUUUGUUGCUUUGAGGAAUCCACUUGAAAGACAAUAACAGACUGUCCCCCAAGAGCGGCGUCGCAGACUGAUUACAGCCUCCUCAACAAACACACUCCGCGGCUCGUGAAGGAUGGCUUUUUAUAAUGCCUGGAGGGACUGUUUGAAUACCUGAUAUGUACGUGUCUACUACUGUAUGUAGUUAUUUUACAGCAAAAUGGUGGUGACUAUUGUGUGGUAUUGCAUCCAAAUACCGUUUCUUUUUUAUUUUGUUUUAUUUGUGUCAAUUAUUUAUUGGACUUUGGCUCCAUUUGCAAGCAAACCAAAGUGUUUUUAUUUUGUAUGACGUAGAGAAAAUAAGUUAUCUAAAGGAAUGUAUAAGACAGACAGCUGUAAAGGGAAAAAAAGCACUUUUAUUUGCACCGAGUUGAAAUGAUACUAUUUAUUUUUUAAAUAAUAACUGUACAUAGCUAACUACUGAUUAAUUUAUGUUUGUAUUUUAUACAGUAUGCCUGUUGAUGGUCUGGUGAUGAUAUUGUAAUGUAGGUGUAUGCCUGUCUCAUUUUCUAAGAUCUGUCUUUUUUUUUUUUUUUCCGCCUGCGAUGUUGCCUGCUUGUGACAUCAUCUAUAUGUGCCCCAUCCGACCAAUGAGAGCAGGAAUAAGGAGCUGACACAUGGCUCAGUCAGGAGGGACGAAAAAUGAAAAAUAUUCUGUAUAUUUUCCGCAUUGAGAAGUUAAAUGCAUCUGUUGUAUGUUGCUUAUUUUGAGAGAAAAAACAAACAAAAAAAAAAGACACAACAAACAAAGGAUUAAAUAUUUUUUAUCAUCUUCA